AUGUCCUACGAUUACUCAAACUUCAAUAUCUCUGACCUGUUCAAUGUCAAGGGCAAGGUUGCUCUCAUUACAGGAGGCUCGUCAGGACUUGGUUUGAACAUGGCUCACGCGCUCGUCCGCAAUGGUGCAAAAGUUUACAUUUCUUCGCGAAAGCAAAAGCAGUGCGAUGCAGCAGUAGCUGAAUUGACUCCAUACGGCGAAGCGGUGGCUAUUUCAUGCGAUGCUUCCAAGGUGGCCAACAUUGAAGCACUCGUUGCCAAGAUCACCGAGCGUGAGCCUAAUGGUGUGCACAUCUGUAUCGCCAAUGCUGGAGCAGCCUGGGGCGCGGGACUCAUAGAACAGACUGAGGAGUCUUAUGACAAGGUCACUGACUUGAAUACCAAGAGUGUCUUCUUCACCAUUCAGAAAAUGAUGCCUUUACUGGAAAAGGCAGCGACUGUGGACGACCCUGCACGAGUCAUUGCGAUUGGCAGCAUCAUGGGUCUCAUUGCCUGUGAUAGCAAUACCAUUCCUUACAAUACUAGCAAGGCAGCUGUUCACCAUAUGGUCCGCAGUUUGUGUUUGCCACUCGGGGCCAAGCACAUCACAAUCAACUCGUUGUCUCCAGGUUACUUUCCAUCCAAGAUGACGAAAUUCAUCCUUGCAGACACAAAAGAUGAAAAGGCAGCAAACAACGCAAUGGGCCGGCUGGGACUGCCACAGGAUAUGGCUGGUACAUGCCUCUUCUUGUGCUCUCGAGCCGGAUCGUACAUCAACGGUCAGACGAUUGCUAUUGACGGCGGCUAUAUUCAUCAGGCAACAAAGCUGUGA